CACGAUCCCCAUUGGAUACACCAGCCAACGUGGAUUACAUUACAGUUCAGGAGUCUGACAUCUUCACCUGUCUUGAUCUCAACUGGAAAGUCAGAAACAAAGAGAAAGGACUUUGCUGACGUCACCAGGAAACUAGAAUAAAUACAAAGGUGAGGACCAGAGCGAAGACAAAAAGAAGGAAGAACGGAAUGAAGCAGGUGUAUCAGCAUUCAAGUACAUUCAUUUAGUCACUCUGGAACUGAGUAUGGCCCGUGCUUUGCAGUAUUGUUUUCUGAUCCUGAUUUUCGGCAUUCCAAUGCACGAAUGCGCAGCGGUACUCCUAAAUGGCAGCUGUGUACCUGUGGAACCCUGUUUUGACCUGAGUGUGAUGGCUAAUAUAGCUGAGCAUGUCAGCAAAGAUGUGAUAGCUGCGGAUGGUGAGAACAUCCUCCUGAAGCACAGCUCCUUUGACAAAAUUCGGAAAAAGAAAAAUCUUCACAGCUGUGUCCUGCAGAAGAUCAUCAAUCUAUUUCAAAAUGUUCUUGAAAAGACAAAUAAGAACGACGUCCAUAAAGAGGAGGGAUUAAACCAUCAUCUUGAGCUUAUACACAUUAUGGAUCAACUCAGAAACUGUGUGUAUAAGACAAAAAAUAGAUGCAAAAACCUAUAUAAGAUGUCUGACAAAACCACAACUCCCUUUCCAAUGAUUUCGGAGAAAAACAUGAACGCAAAUCAGCUUGCUGUCUUACAGCUACAAAAACUGAAGUCUGUCAGUAAGAGGCUCAAUCAUGUGCAGACCCAGGAGAGGGUUAUGGAUGAGCUGAAGUCCCUCCAUCUCUACAUGCAGGGAAAAGGCUUCCGGAAAAAUACACGAAUGACUAAGGAGUAGCAUGGUGUUUCAUGAAUUCUGGCCUACAAUGUGUUAUGUCAGUUUUCUGCCUGAUCACUUUAAGAUGUGCCAGUUUAAGCAGGGACAGAAUAACAAGCUAUCUCUUCUGAAUGAGACCAAACUUAUUUUCCUGACCUUUUGUUUCUAAUAAGGUAUUUUAGUUGUUCGUGCUUUUAGUGCAAAUGUCUUUUUUGCUUUUUUAAAGUAAUGAGUAUUUAAACAGUAUAUGCAUAUUGCUUACGUACUUUCGGUGAAAGAUUGAGUGUACUGCAGUAAACGCAGGUGAGAAAAUAGACAAGAUAUAGAUAAUUUUGUCAAUGUAAACAUGAAAUACAUGUUUUUCUUUGUUUUCUAUUGCAUUCA